AUGCGUGGGACUUUCGUUCUUUUAUUGCUCUCUGCGGCGCUGGGCGCUAGCGCGGCUGUCUCCAAGUCCAACCUCAAAAGUCACGUCGAUGUGCUGGCACUCGACUAUUCUUUUAACCCCGUCGAGCCUUCUUACUGGACUGGAUAUCCCCAUCAUCGCCGCACUCCUUUCGCCGUGUCGCCCGAUGGAAAGUCUGCAUACGUUGCGUAUCUUGACUCUAGUGCGACGGAUGUCCACGUUCAGCAGGUCGACCCCACUACUUUCGCUGCCACUGGUACUACCGUGACCGUGUCCGGUGGAAAGGAAGCCGGUGGUCUUGUUGCUCACAACGAUGGAUUUGCUCUUCUCACAAACGAGGCGAUGCCCUCUGGCACCACCAACGCACCCCCCAGUGACACUCCCGUCCCUGUGCUGUACCGCUACACUUCCGGCAAGCAGACCUGGAAGACUUGGCUCGGUGGACCCGGUGUCCACGCCUCCGAGGGACUCUCCGCCUCCCCCGAUAUGAACGGUGAUCUCGUCUACUCCGAAGCCGCCGAGCUGUACGGCGCUUACUUCGUUGUGACCGACUACUCUGGCGAUGCAUCCGGCCACUUCGGUGAUAGCGUCGAGUACGUUACUACCGACGGAACCCUCAAGGAGAUUUCCGGUGCCACCAGCGCAUGGGGAUGUAGCCACAACACCGGUAUCGCAUUUGAAGCUGCUGAUGCCGCCCCCUUUGCUGGUAUCUGUGCUGAAGACCAGGGUGCUAUUUGGUUGAACACCAAGACCCAGGGCAUGACCACUGACGGCGUCAAGAUCUCCAACGAGAACACUACCAACGGUGCUUCCGGCGAGCCCAUGGGUGGUAUGUCCGGUAGCUACAGCGCACUGGCUCGCUUCGCCGAGACCACCAAGUACAUCUUCGCUUGGGUUUCUCGUGGUGCCAUGGACGUCACCGAGAACGCCUGGAUGGGUACCGGAUACACUAACGUGCAGAACCGUACCAACGGCCGCAACGUCGCCAUCGCUCUCUUCUCUGACAAGUACACCAAGGUCGGAGCCGAGGCCACCUCCGUUGUCGGCACCGAGGAUGGCGAUAGCCAGAUCAACUGGGUGACCUCCGGAUCCAACGAUUGCUCCAACGCACACGCCGCUGCUUUUGGUAGCAGCAAUGCGCUGAUCACCUGGGAAGAGAUCUCCAACCCCACCUGCGACUUCAUCGCUAUGGGCUGCCGCGGUCAGUUUGCUGGAACCUUCUUCCAAGAGGUUGACUCCACUGGCUCCAAGGUUGGUGAAUCUUUCAGCAGUGACGACGUCUAUGUCGCUGGUGACAUGGUCACGAUGUCCGACGGUCGCAUCUGCUGGCCUUACGUUAGCAUGACCUGGGAUCUGUCCCAGGCCAACGACGGCUCUUCAUCCGCGACCGGAAAGAAGCUGAGCUUCGCCUGUCUUGGCCUGGAUGGCACAACUGAGUCAUCUUCAAACUCUACUGCCAGUGCGACCGCCAGCGCGGCUGCCAAGGUUUCUGUUAGCGCGACUGCCUCCGCGGUUACCAAGGCCGCUUCUGCCGAGGUCACCGCUGCCGCCGCCGAGACCGCGGCUGCAUCUGCCGAGACUGCGGCUGUUGUAAGCCAGACCAGCGAAGCUGCCGUCGAGUCUACCAGCGGCAGUGUCGCUGCUAUUGGCAAUAACGACAAUGUCGCCUCAAGCAGUGCCGUCGUCGAGUCAGUUGAGGCUGCCACUGCUGUUCCCGCUGCCACCGUCAGCGCCGUAACCAGCGGUGCCGUGGAUGCCAUUGCCAGUGCUUCAGAGACCGAGGUCCCCGUUGCCACCCCCGUUGAUGCCCCUAGCACCCCUAGUGCGGUUGCUGCCGAAAGUGGAUCCCCCAGUGAUUCUUGGGGUGCCGUUCCCAGCGGCGCUGAAAGUUUCCCUAGCGCGUUCCCAAGCGACGCCUUCGGUGCUUUCCCCAGUGGUGCGUUUAGUGCUGCCCCUAGUGCAACUCCCACUGGAAUUUCCCGUGGCCAUGGACGUGGUAAGGGUCAUCAUGGUCACCACGGUCACGGCUGGGCUCACGAAAGCUACCAUGAGCAGGCCCAGGCCGCCCAGGCCGAGCCCACCGUUGGCUCUUGCAAGUCCAACUAG